AUGAGUCUCAAUUGCCUUACCUUCCAAUCCUUGCAGAGAACAAACUCAGAACAGGAACGUUGUAACCAUGGGAAACAAUGCAAGAAGAUAUGUUGUAUAAAGGUAAAUAGGAGCUGGUCAGGGAAUUUGAGUCCACAACCUUAUGAACAAAUUAGGAGUGGAUCAAAAGUAGUUGCUGCAAAGAAGAUGAGGAACUGCCAUCGCCGGCUUACUAGUACCGGUGCGGUUAUGUUUGAAGGAUCUGGUGCUGAACCCAGGUUAGUGAGGAGCUCUGGAAUGAGAAGGGAUUGGAGCUUUGAGGAUUUAAGACAGAGAAGGGCGGAGGUGAAGAGAGCAGAUGAGAGACUAUUAUGA